CCCCCGCCGUCGCUGAGUGCAGUCUGGUGUAGAGACGGAGAGAAAGCGCUCAGAGUGAAGGGGGGCAGAGCAGCGACCACAACUCUGUCUGUGUACCUAGAGGACUCACUGCUCUUCACACACCUGCACCAGGUGAGUUGUACCACCCAGGCUGUUCCCUGUCGGAGGGUUUUAUUGUUGUUCCGUCUUGCUUGAUACACUUGAAUCCACUCAGGACUUUUCUUAGCUAGCAGCUCUGCUAUCCAGCUAAUUCAGGCUGUCAAAACAACAGACAGAAGCAUAAUCUGCUAGCCACCACAAAGCACAGGGUUACUCUGUCUUUACGAGGUGUUAUCAUCAACACGAAAUGAGUGUUUUGUAAGUUUAAAGACAGAUGUGUUCGUGUAGUGAGCUGUCAAAAUAAUAUCACGCUCUGUUAAAGAGUUAUGGGGCUUUUUCUCGGAUGUAGCUGCUGUCGUUAGCGGAGUAGCCAGCUCGCUAGCUCGGUGUAAACAAACCCAUCAUGAGGGGCUGCAGUGGGCUUCUUAUUUUGACUUUGUCGAUAAAGCGUGGAUGAAGAAAGAGAUAGUAACGUUUAAAUGGGAGAAAAUAAAAAUGUCAUAGUGAGUUGUUGUAUUGAACGUGAAGGAAUUGUCUCUUUCAGGCUGGAGUUUUGGGGUUUCUUUGUCUUGCUUGCUCUUCAGUGUUGUUUUGACUCCUCUAUGUUUCUUACUUUGGAGCAAUUUUUUGUAUUUUUGUAUUUUGCUCGCUUUUAAACAUUUUCAGAGAGAUUAUCAUCUCUUAUUCACCAGGAUGUAAGUACUGUCUUUAAAGACUGUUUUAUUUUAUCAAAGGACAGUCCUGUUUUGGCUCUGUUUGGCACUUUCCUAAACAUGUUUCCCAGGCUAAGAUGCACUUUUCAUGCAGUGACUAAAUUAAUCGAUUUGACAGGAGUCAUAAUACAAGCUCUAACCAAUAAGCCAUGGUUGGGACUCUCAUGCCGUGUGUUCUGUAAGUUGUGAUUAACAACUCAGUAUUUUAUUUUUAGGUGCACUCAAUGCACACACACACAAAGUAUUGCAUCUUCAGUUUGCCACAAGGCAUGAGGUCAUUUUAUCAAUAUUUUAUGGGGAAGGGUAGCUGAUAGCCUAUUUGUCUUGAACCCAAACUUCAUGUACAAAAACACUCCCAGCUGUCCCCUAGCGUCAGAUCAGUCCAUGGAUAUUUCAUGAAGUAGAGUCCAAGCUCAUGUUUAGGUUGAAACUCAGCUUUGCUUUUUUUAUCAGUACAGUGUGACCGAUUAGGGUUAUUAUUUCCAUGCAACUCAAAAAUCUAUGUCUGCAGGUCAGUGUAUUUUUGUGUUAAACCCUCAUACAGUAGGGAUGCAAAGCAGAUAUUUGCAUGAUUUGUCUAUACAGACGCCAUGUUAUGCAGAAAAAUCAAGUCCUGCUCAAAGCAGUGCUUCAAAAUACAGUCUAUGAAAUUCAUCUUACCAGGAAAUUUGCAGUAAUUCCCUGCUCUGAGAGAUCAGUUUGCAUUCAUACAAAGACUGAAUUCAGAACUUGUUUCACUCCAGCUGAUGUGUGCACAUACUGUCAUACUGCUUGACACCACUGCUGAGCAAUUUGCCUUUAUAUUUACUGGCGGUUCAACUCUCUAGAGAUUUUAAUGUAUGAUGAAGUCAUUUUUGACAGUGUGCCAGGCAGGGGAGCAGCUAAACAUAGCUCCUAAGAAUAGUAGAGUACUUGUCAGUGCAAAAUUGAUUGAUCAUAAGAAAAGAGAAGCCACUCCUAACUCUUUUUUUUCCUGUCUGUGAUUUCUUUCCACCCUUCACAUGCCUGAAAAACAAGCUUGUGUUGUGUAAAAUAAAAUAAAAAAAAAACAAAGCGCCUUUUACUGCCUUGUUGAACAUGUAACAUCAGUAAUACACCCAGCUAAAUAAUCCUGCCAAUAGUCAGUAACUUUGUAAGAGCAGGGUGCUUCUGGCACCCCCAAAAACUGUGUUCAGAAGAGCCAGUGUUUAUAGAGAUAUAUUGUUUAAAAAAGCUUUCUAACUACUGGAGUGUUUGCAAAGAACUGUGAGUGUUUAUAUGUUAAACAAACUCUUGAGUGUAUAGCAGACAUACGGCUAAAAAAACAAAAGUGAGUCAACCAGACUAAAGUCCAAACUUGCAUUUGGUACUUUGACAGUCUCACUGUUUCAUGUUACAGGAACAAAAAGCACUAGUCUUGUAGUUAGUAGCUUCAGGUUUCCUUUUCGUUGGAACAUAUAGGGAGACUAUUUUUAUCCACAUGUGACCCACCUUUGGAUCACCACCCAAGGCUCGAAAACCAUUGCAUUUAGUUGGUCUCACCAGGGGAGCAAACAGUGUAUUGACCUUGUUGUGGUCUGUGCUUGCUUUGCUUUAUGUUCAAAACCGACAAUGCAGUGUCUUUUUUAUAGAUCUGAGCAGCUAUAUGGACAAAAGUGAACAGUUUAGACCUGUAACACAUUUUGAAAUGAUCAGGGAUUCCUUGCUCUGGUUAAAAAAAAUGUUCGGAGUUUCUUUGAAGGGAAAACAAACUCAGCGGAUUGAUUUUUUUCAGCCUUCACCACCCACAGACUGUGAAGAGAUGAUAACUUGGUGAAACCAGCAGGCAGUGCCAGUCUGUUACAUGAAUGUUUUAUGUGGAUUUUUCUGCUUCUGCACAUGGAUCUGAUGGCAUUGUGUCUGUGGAAAGUCUGGAUUGUGGGAACAAAACUGGGUUGCCUUUUUAUUCAUUUAUUGACAUCUUAGCUUCCUCUUUUUUUCAGUGAGAUCACUUAUCUUUUCUAGGAGUACCUUCUGUACUGGGCUUAAACAGCUGGUAGGUUGCUGAGCUGUUUCUAGCGGGUAUUUGAUAAGAGAAAGGGACAGUGUUGAACAGAGGAACCCAAGUAUGUGUGUGUGAUACAGUGUGUGCUGCUCUAGGUUCCUUUCAUAUCAACCCAAACAGCUGACUAUGACAAAUUGGCCCAUCUCCUCUGCAGAAGGACACCUGAAUGUCACCUAACAUGAGUGUAGUGUGUGUAAUCUGUCAUGGUAUUUUUCUCCUGCCUUCAAAUCAAUAAGAAACAUCUUUUUAAAUCAAGUGUCACAGAGACAUUUAAGAUCCAUAGAGGAUUGUUUUUAUUCUAUGAUGUUUCCACCCUAUCUGUCAUUCUUUGCGUAUUCACUUUGUAGUAACUUUUGCUACGUGGCUGUGUGUCAUGGUGAACGAGGGAAAAGGGGAAUGGGUGUGUGUGCUUCCCCCUCACACUGGAUCUCUUUGUUUUUGUCUUUCCAUCAUAAGACUGCUGGCAGACACAUCAGUAACUCAUUGCUGUACCAGGACUUAGCAAUCACCAGGGGACUCACAUACACAACCUAGAUAUGAAGACAUAAAAAAAAACACAAAGCUCAUCAUAAAACUCCAAGUCGUUCUUUUGAAAUAGUUCAAUAUUUACAGCUGCUUUAAGGGGGAACUAGAUGUGUUUUUGGCUCACAAUAUCAGGCUAAACUUGUUUGGGGAAAAAAUAGUCUUAAAUAAUUACUUCCUCUUAAAGAUUCCCCUCCAAAAGUUGAAGCAAACGCUUUAAAGACUAUCCGUGGAGGCGACCAAUCAAAGGUUUUCCCUAAUAUCAUGUUAGGGUGGGUGUGUGGAUGCGUGUGGUUGUGUUUAAGUGUAGGUCUCUGCAGGAGCACAUAAUUCCAGUGAACAGUAAAAGCAGCCAUGUGGUCUCCAACAGCAGGUUUGCAUCAUUGUAAAGCGCUCCUAAAUACAAAGGGAGGCCUAUACCGGCCCUCUGCCACAUCAACACGCAGCGUGAAGCUCAGUGAAUGACCCCUGAGCAGCCAAUCCUCAUUUUGUGGAGAGAGAAUGUGACGUCCAACUCUGCCGCACACUUCAUGGAUAGUGAUACUAGAUAUUAACAAAUUAACCAGCCAGCAGCUUUUCUCAAGGGUGUAUUGAUCACCAAAUAUGAUAUGAAGCGUUCAGCACGAAUUAAACUCUGUUGAAAAAGUAAAAGUCAGAAGCUAAUUUUGCUCACAUUAAUUGCUUUGUGGGGACAACACCGCUGAGACACACAGGGAGACAAGCUAUUGACGUCAAUACUACUUUCUUUCUACCAGACGAAGCACUCAGGAGUUUAAGAUAUUGACAAUUGAGCAAGAAAACAGACUAAACCAAUACGCAUCACUCCGAGCGCCCACACUGAUCCUGGCUUUUCCAGGUACAUAAAGAUCUUUCUGUUGGACUUGUACUGAUAAUUAAAGGAGUGUCACACAGGACAGCGGGUCACGAGACAGCUGACAUCACCACAUUGUUUAAAGAGCAAUGUGCAAAAUGUGUUGUCACUGGAAGUUAUCCUUUUAUCUUGCGUAACAUUGACAGGCUUAAGUUUGACUAAACUGUUGACGUGGCCUUCUGAGAUAAGGAAUCAAAUAACAUCAGCAAACUUCAUCUUGAAGUCCUGGUAUAGUGAAACUUCUCUGAGCAAAGUAUCAGGUUGGGAAAUCACUUGGUGGUGGGAAAAACAAAAACUUGAUGAAGAAACCCAAGAUGCAGGUCUUGGAAACCUGUUUUGACUGAUUUUAAACUGAGAUACAUGGAGAACCUGUUGAAACACACGUUGUACUGUCCUACCUGAAAAACCAGGGUCAUUCCUCAGUUAUGUUCCUGUCUUAGAUGCCUUAAUGUUUAAGCAACACUUGGUAAACAUGAAAUCAGGUUAACUAUAUUAUGACCCAAAUAUCUAUCUUACCUUAUCUAAGACAGACACAAUGACCUACUGUUGAAUGGCUGUGAUGAAUAUUUUUCUUGACCUUAUAUUGAUAGAAAUAGCAGAGUAAGACCCCAUCAUGACAUAUUGUGCUUUUUUAUCAAUGCUUUGAGUCAUGGAUUGUGUUAUUUGUGUCAUUGUUUAAUCAUUGACUGUGAUCAACUAUCUAAGAAUUCGGUACAAAUGUGAGGGAAAAACCAGAAAAAGGAGAAAAACGCACUAGUUUUCACCACCCCCUAUGUGACACAAUGUUUAUUGUGUAACUCCUCUGAAAUGUGUGUGUUUGUCGGUAUGUGUGAGUGUCUGUCAGGGAGAGUAAUAACAUAGCAGGUGACAGGCCACGGGCCAUAUCUGACCGAGAGUGACUCAGACAGCGAGCACACGUCAUAGGAACACAAGACAUGCUGCUUGUCAGACACUUUCGUUCUCAAGCCUGAACUGAACAGGUUUAACGGAAACGCCUUGACUCUCCUGUGAAGGUGGCAUAACGUCCUGGACUUGACAUUGUAUCUGCUGGUACAAAGUUAUUAAGGUAUAGAAAGGAGGCUUUUUAACUGGAAAAGGACGCUGUGGCAGUUGUGUAAGUGUUAAAAGAUUUUUGUGAGUCUGACACUGGUGACAGUUUUUGUUUUCAUACCAAUGCUACUGCUACAUGUAAUUUGAAACAUUUAAAGCAUAAACACAUGAAUUUCUUUUUCAGUCAUUUAUUCCAUUGCAACAUACAACAAACAGAAUUGCAAACAGCUGAUGACGGGGGUUUGCUUUCCACGUUGUGUAUUUUCUUGGAAGCCAACAAGUCUGUGUGAGAUUGCAUAUCAGAAGAGAAUGCUAAGUGUGUUCUUACACUUUCCAUAUUAUGAAUCAAUUUCUUCAUUUUUUUUUUAAUUUUUCACACGGUUUUUGUUCGUCAACAGCCUUUUUGUAACCAGUGUUGAAUUAGUCCUUAAAUAUGUUAUGCUGCGUAACACACCUGUCUGUAAUAAAGCAACGACCAAGGAGCAGCUGGUAAAUAAGAACCAUAAAGUGGAGAAUUGAGAGAUAUUUGACAGUCAUCAUAGGAGGAAAAUACCAGCCAGAAAACUUUGGAAAAAAUGUUUUUCAAUUCCAAAGACGAUUCCGAAAAAUGAUUGAGAUUUUGGAGUUUGUCAAAUGAGCACAAGGCAGGAAGAUACAAAUCCACACUAAGAGUCGUCUUUGUAGGUUCAUUUACACGCCGUAAAGCGAGUAAACAAUCUUUAACAUUUUCACAUUUUUCUCUCCUCUAGUCAAGGAGACGCACUCAGCUUGUCUACACGUGUAAAAGAAGCUCAAUUUUCUGCCUUUAAACGCCUGUUUGACAAUACUUGAGCAUUUGACCUUUGUCCUAUAUUUGUAGAGGUAGACACUGGUUUUUCCUCAAACAGUCUACAGCUUACAACCUAGCGUGUCAGCACUCAUUCAUUCAAAUACUCCUGCAGUAUUAAGGCAUAUUUGCAUGUCAGACAUCAAGACGAUGCAGUGGAGCAGGUUUAGCGAGUCAAAUCCCUUCCUUGUGUCUCACUCUCUCGUUCUUCAGUUAACAGAAGUCAAGCUUUCUCCUUCUUCUGUCUGCUGCCUCCAUGUGCUGUUAGCUCUCUCAUGAAUCAUAUUUUCUCCCCCAGCUCCCAAACUGAACGUAUUUACCCCGUACUCAGCCAGUACUUGCCAUUAUUUAGCACUCCUGCGGCUCUCCCUCCUCUAUUACACAUGAUUUAUACACAAAUUGAAUUUUAUAGUACAGUCACACUCAUGACAGAUAGGCCACUAGACCUGAUGUUGGUCCCUAGUCCCUAGUUAGAGAACCAGAAGUGGGUACUUGUGCAUCUUUUUCUUUUUUUUAUCUACUUCCACUUUUUACAGCCUUUGCCAGCAGUCACCUCUUACUCACUCCCUUGAGGAGGCAAAAAAGGAGAACAAAUCACUGCUCAUUGACGUUUCCUUUUCAGUUUUCACAAAUAUAUAUAUUUUUCUUACCCUAGUAUUAUUAUUUUCUACAUGAGGUGCUGUUGAGUUUCUCUGCUAGUUGACAGGAUUGUGUCUUGGAGCAGGUUCCCCACAGCUCUACAGUGACGAUGAUUGCUCUGGAGUGAAGUCAGCUGUCUUCUGCCUCUGUGUGUGUCUGUGUGUGUCUGUUUGUGUCUCUGACUGAGGGGAAGUGAGAGUGAGACAAAUAGAAAGAUGGUGACAAUAAGCAUGAGGAAAGCAGGGCACAUGCUCAUGUCUUUGUGGACCUGGAUAGAUGACCUUGUGUGGACUCUGGUCGCAUGCUAAUCUUGGGAUUCAUAAUUUCAGAUCAUCUCUUAAGUGCAGUCUCAGGUUGAAAGAAAUCUGUGCAUUAAUUAUACACCAAUAAUAAUCAUUUAUACCUGCAAAAAUCUGACUGAAGGAAAACUUUUAUGACUGUUUCAGUGUUACAGGACAAAUUGAUUAGCUUUGCACAAAGAGGACAAACAGAAGAAAACAACUAUCCUGUGGCAAAAGAAAACCAGGUUAAGGGUGUCUAAUGCUUGUUUUUUUCUAUGUCAUUUCUAAUUUGUUCAAUUUAUGCAGAUCUUCACCUUGAGAUAAGCUUAAGGACCUUAGAAAAAAUCUGUUUCCAUGACAUCAGUUUCACCCAUCUUUAAAAUACAAAGCUACAGUCAGGUAUUAUUUAGUACAGCUCAUCCUAAUGUAACUUUUUGCAACUGUAGCCCAUUACCAAGUAAAGACCAGUAAAGGAAGUGUUGUCAAACCAGUCAAGUCUUUGUGAAGAGCUAAUCCUGUUCGUUGUUACUUCAUAUUGGCUCUGCAGACUGAGUCGCAUCAAACCUCCGAAGACACAGUAAGAACCAGUGUUUUGAUGGAGUCUUAGAGGUAAGGAAGAUGAUUCUUUGAAAUGAAGGUCACGUGUUUGAUCCCUCAAAAACUAUUACCAGCCUUCUCGAUAACAGCAGUCUCCAAAUGCCACAAAUCUUCAGGUACUGUGAGAAACACCUGUAAGUACAGCCUGUAAUGCAGUGACUCAACCUCACCUCCAUCUACUACCUUUUGAGGCUUCGAUAGCCUUGGACUUUGCACUUAAGAUGGAGAGUAAGUCGUGACAUAAAGAGCGGGAGACGUUGUUUAAGAAGUCUGUAGGGAAAAAAAGUCAGCGAUGAAGCGUUUUACAAGUCCUGAAGUGUUAAAUGUGACACAGAUGUGCCUAACAUAUACCUGCUUUCUGUAUCCUUGUUUUGGUGAGUCCUCGGCCCAUAUCCUCCAAACUGAAGACGACUGUUUUCCUGGAAAUAGGCUCCAAUUAUUGCCAUCGAUAUUUGAAGAUCAAUCAUGUCCCUUGUGUCAUGACAAAAUCACAAAGGUUUUAAAAAACUGCCAAAACACACACACACACACACACACACACACACACACACACACACACACACACACACACACACACACACACACACACACACACACACACAGCAGUGGGUCCACACUCUGGCUGUGUUAGUGAAAUUGACCUCUGGGUCACAUCAAUACUGUCAAUAUUUAAAGCUCAAUAGCAUCCAUAGUCAAAGGACAAUAGUGCUUAUUGAUGGUUUUAUUGUUUUAGCCUUAGAGCUGGUUUUAAAGUCAGGAUAAUGAACUACUGGGAUUAGCAGGGCAGACCAAUAAGGGUAUAAAAGACACCUCAAAUCCUCUUCCACCCAUUCAGGCAAAGGUUGUAAAUGUGUUUGAUUAUUCAGGCAACGGCAGUGUUGCUUAAGGGCAUAGCAGGAAAGGCUGUAAGUAAGGAAAAGGGCCAGAGAGCCUUGAUUACAGUGCUUGCUCACUUUCACUCUUACUCUGAGAUUUAUUUAUUUUACCAAAAUUAGCUGUCUUAAACAAAUUAAGUCUUACAAUUGUAAGUUAAAAAGACACAAUUAUGAGGAGAAAAAAAGGGUGAAGUACAAUAAAUGUUCAUAUUUGAGAUAAAAAGUCAGAAUUAUAAGGUAUUAUGAACCUGCAGUCCUUUAUUUUUUAUCUCUAAAGUUAAACUGUCUAUCUUUUAUCAUGAUUUUUAUUUCAUAUUAUGACAAACUAUCUUUAAAAUAUGACUUUAAUAUUGCUUUUUUCAUGUCCAAGCUCAUUCCUCAUUCAUAUUUUAUGAGCUGAAAUGUGCUGUCAUAAGAAGGUAAUUGGAUGUUAAAUCAAUCAUAGUAUUUUACUGUAGUCUAUGUAUCUGAUUCCUUCCAUUUUGGCAAGUAUAUGAUAAAAUCUUGAUAGUUAAUGCAUUAUUUGAUGAACGUUGUAAAGACAGAAAUUAUGGAUCCACACAUUUUGGCUCCACGUCUCUAGACUCUUGGUCUUUCUUUCCCUGCAGAGUGAAGGAUUCCUGUUGGUAUUUUUCAGGGAUGUUCAUCACCAUAUUUACCCUAUGCUGAUGUUUCCUGAACCUGACAGCAUUUAUGAAGGGAUGUACAUGUGUGAAGACUUAUUCAUACGUACCCAGUCCCUCCAUCCAGUUUAACAUUAAACAGAGACUGGUGUAGAGGGGAAAACUGGAGGAUAUACAACAUACUCAAGCCUUUAGUGUACCAGGAAGACCAUGAUUAUACCGAUCCUCUGCACGACACAUCUAUAUGAGUCACUGAACAUCCUGUUGUCGACGUACACAGUGUGUCAGCUGUUCCCUCUGAACUGAAACUCGAACGUUUGGUCUCAGACCCUGGGAAGUCCCAUUUGGUUUGGGUGUGUGAAUCGGGUUCUUUCUCUUCUUUUCCUCUUUAUUUGAAGUUCCAUCUAUCAUAAUGACUCUAUUUUAUCUCAAUAUGGGGUCAGGCUGUUCUGUUCAGUCUCCUCUGUGGUCGUCUGAACAGUGCUUGAAGACUGUGCCAAUGAAUGUGUGUGUAUGAGUGUGUACGUAAUGGGUUUGGCUCUUUCAAAGAUGAUUUGACUGAAGCACAGCUCUGGCAUCUAUAGAGGAAAUGUUAUAUAGUUGUCAUAUGGGUCAAAAUGGAGGUUGUUUAUGAUUCCUAUAUACAGUCUGUCUUACUGUAUCUAUUCCCAAACAGAUUUAAGGGCCAGUGUGUAGUGAGUGGGUGGGCAUGUUCAUCAGAAUUCGGACAGGGUUAGCAGAACGGCUGAGUGAAGAAAUGACUCGAGCACAUUGCAGUGUAAUUUUUCUAAGUUUAGUAUUGAGUCAGACAAUCCUGGAAUCAAUGAUUAUCUUCAGUUAGUCAGAUAGGUAGUCAGAGUGAACAAGAACUGAGGAGUUGAGGAAGUAGUCUUGGCAGAUAGGAGACGUAUCAUUCAUGGUAUAAAAUUGUCACAUCUAUAAUAUCAGCCAUGAAAAAAACUGUACAGCAUACCAGUGUAGUGUAAAAUCCACUCAUAUUGUAAAAGCAUCAGCUUUAACUCUGUGUGUUUCUACAACAUUCAAAGGCCUCUGUCCCACAAGGAAGGUGUGUAGGGCCCUUUGAUUUCCACAUUAAUGGAAUCCGGAUUGGCAAAUAAAAAAGGGAAUCUACUGUUUAACGUGGAAUUUCACGGAAAUCCCAGGGACCACUCAUUUGUGGCACCACCAGUGCAUCUCUCCAUAAACACUCACUUGCCACCUCCCUCCUGAAUAAACUGCAUGUGGAAGCGGCUACCAGAGACACUGGUUACAUCGUGCAAAAAACUUUGAAACUUUUGUCUGUCUCCAAAGUACAGAGCCGAGCAAUAUCCAAAUGACUUUUAUGUGUCAGGUGACAUGCUUUAUUGCAACUUUCUGUUGACUAGAAACACAAAAUAUACGUAUGAUGACCACUUGUCGUCUAAAACCCACUUGAAAAAUAAAGAAAAACACUGUACUGCUGCUAAUGCUAGCCAAUGCUAAAGUUUUUUUAACUGUCUACUUAAAGCACUUACUGGUACAUUGUUUGUUGCAACGUUAUGUUUUGACUUGAAAUACUGAGCAAUGAUGUAUUACAUCUAUAAAUUUAGGAAUAGUUGUAUUUUGUUAUUUGACAUUAUAGUUACUGACACUAAAAGCACUCACCCUACGGUAGUAAAUAAGUAUAAAAGGUAAAAAUCGAAAUUCUAAAAAAUUUAAACGGAAAAUAUUGAAUUUGGAAAAAAGUAAAACUGAUUUCAUAGUGCCCCAGGUCUGAGAUUACAGUCAUCAUAAAGAUCCAGGCCCUCAAAUUGGAGGUGAUAUGUAAUGCUUUAUUUUUUGAGUAAUAUAGUGUCAUGAUGUUGACUGGGCGACGCAUAGGCUGCCGUCUUUGUAAUGGAUUGGUUACAAAUAGAGUUCAAGGUUCAUGUAGGUACUUUGAUCAUAUUAUACAUUCGUUAUGAUGUGUUUCAUCUCAGUAAGUGAGUAAUUGAGUCAGAAAGUUCAAAGCAAAAAAGCACAGCUACAGUCAAACACAUCAAAGUAGUAGAAAUGUUAGUAAACUAUAAGUAACCUUCAUUUUCUCUGUCAUUGUUUACAAAUAUAAAGACAGAGGUGACCUCAUGUGGUUGUCCACACACGUACUUCUCUCCUUCUCCGGCUUCCAGACUUUUAUCAAACCCACACAGCACAAAACUUCUUGACCAUUUCAACCGUCAGGAGAGUUGUUUGUUCUUGUGUGACAAUCAGGCUUCAAAACUGUUAUCUUGGGAAUCGACUACUGCAGCAAAAUGAAGAGCCCCCAAACAUCUGAAGUUACUCAUUCCUCUUGUUCGCCAGCUAAUGUGAAGCCAGCAUGAAAUCUCACUUUUCAUCAUGAUGGAAAACGAGGGUGCAGUUACUCAAAAAAGAGAGUCGAUAUAAUUUUCAAAAAUAGUCGAUUGGGGAGAAAGAGGAGGGAGGGAAAGCGGGAGAUUGAUCAGACAAUCUUAAGGAGUAGAAGUGUUUGAUUUCGAUUAAGGGCUGGUGCCCACAGGCCAGCCUUCUCAGUUCAGCUCAGACGGUCUUCUUUCUAAUCUUCACAGCAGGGGAAAGCUCUACUGUCUGAUGGUCAAUGCCAUCGGGUUAUGAAACUCUGUAGUUUUCCUGCGGCUCUCUCAAUGAUUUUCUCUUUUAUUUCUUUUGUGCAGAGUUUUUACUUCUUAUCUCAGUUUUUUCCCCUCCUCUCAGUUCUUCAUUUUUCAUAGCAUGGCAGUAUUCUUUCAACACAGCAGAUGUGGUGAGAUGUUUCUUCUCUGGAAUAAUUAUCAUUCAGUGUAGAAAAAAAACAUGUAAAAGCAGCAUAUGUGAGCCUCAAGAGUAUUUCAAAGGGGUGAUUCACUGUUAGAGUUUAACUUUUGAUUCGUGAUAAAUGAUGCAGAGGUUCUUCACUAAAGGCGCUGUAUCGCUUGUGUUCCCAUUCCCUUUAUUUGAGGUCCAUUGCAGCUCUUUUGUCCUCUACAUGCUUACCAUAGCAAAUGAUGUUGUUAGCACUGCAGUCUGCCUGUGUGUGUACAUGUUUACAAGUACAUGCUCGGGCCCCUCGUUCCCCUAGAGUGUUCAAUCCCCUAAUGUAUGUUAGCGGUACCUGGUUUAAAUGAAGUGCUCCAGUGCUCAGGGCCCCUCUGGAGUGCUGUGUGCAUACAUGUGUGUGUGUUUGUGAGAGUUACACUGAAACCCACACAAAGAAAACUGAUCUCAGCAAUGAAAGACAUGCUGAUACGAAUGUGCAGCUGCAGUUCUCAUCAUUUAUGGAACAUUAAACUCUUCAGUCGCGUGAGUGUUUGGAAACAAGCUGCAGUAAAAGCAUGUGGAUAUGAAUAGGUCCAGGUCGUGUUCACAUGAGCUUAUUUAACCUUAAGGAGGCCCCACCAGUGACUUUUUUUAGGUGGCCUGUUUUAAAUAGUCCUAGUCGAGGUUGUGGGGAUGGUCCUCACAUGUUCAGUAAUAACAACAGCACACUUUUUCGUCCUAGUGCCACGCUGUGAUUUAUGUGUCUGUUUAUGGCUGUGUUGUAGUAGUGUUGGCAACCGUUCAAUCUAUCUGUGGCUGAAACUGUCAGGGGUAGUAUUUUAUAGAUAGAUUCUUUACAGGGUAAGACGUUUCUUUUGAGGUGUGCCAGAAAUUUUUAUUAUACCUUACCGUUUAUAUCAGUGUUCAAAGGGAUAAUGCGCAUUGAAUAUGUUGUUAUAGAGUUGAUCCAAACCAAGACAGAAUGAGAGGAACCCUGACCAAUUACAGUUCUCUGCUUUUAAAGCUGUUGUUAGGAGGAAAUGGCGAUUCAGAGUCAAGUGUUAACUCUGCUGUGAAAAAACAGUGCUAUUGCAGUUUUUAAUAUAGGUCAUGUCAGUGUCACAUAUCCCAUAAAACAAAAGUCAGACAUACUUUUUGGGCAGAACCACUUUUGUUCAAGAGAUUUUAUCAUGAUUAUCAUGAACGUACUUGUAAUGCAAAAAGCUGCGGCAGGGAGAGCACAUACCCAAGGAAGCCAAUAAGCCAAGAAAGGUAAAGCAGCAGCAAAGCCAGUCCUACAUCAUCAAUGGCACCAAUGACAGUAUAUACAGUAUAUAUGACUUGGUACAGUUAGAUGGAGCACAGUGGUUUAUGGAGAAGACAGCAAGACUGGCAGGCUGGGCAGUUAAGAUAGACAACCCAAUUUGACAUUUGCUAAUAAGAUGUGUAGAAGAUAACCGGCUAAGCCGUCAGCUGGUAUGGUGCUAGCAUCAGGAUCAGGUGAUGUAUAGCAGGCUGAGCUUGAGCUUGUGACCCGUCUGAACUAACACCAUGCUCAAUGUGUGGUGACGUUUUUCAGAUUAUACCAACAGUGAAGACAAAUCUACUUCUUGUGUGUGAGUCUCCUUUUCCUGUCCUUGACACCUCUCGUCUUCAGCAACUGACCAUAACAGGAAGUUGAUGGCUCCUUGUGGGCACAUCUUGUACUUUAAGGCCCUGAUACCACAGGUUACUUUUGAAUUGGAGAUAAGUAAGGACAACAAAUAUCAUACUGCACAUAGCUCAUAGUGCAGAGCUGCUUUGUAUGAAUGAAGCGGUGGAGGAGCGAUAUAUCUGCAGGGUAGUUUGUCUUGUAAAGGGAUUGAACUUGUGGCCUUUUAACUGCAAAGAUAAUGCCUCCACUGUUAUAUAUUUAGUCUGGACAGUCGGGCCCAAAUGGAAGACUUCCUAAUGCUUUAGCUGUGAUAUAUAUACUGCACUCAACUGCAUGGGGUGAAAGCCAAUUUCAACGUCUAAUGGUUUUCUCUCAGAGCUAUCAGUGUUUUAAGGGCUCUGAGAUUCUUGUUUUUUUCAUUGUUUUGCUUUGACUGUGUUUUGUUGCCUUCAUUUAAAAUUUGAGGAUAACCAGACUAUAGAAAUGAAUCUUUCUUCCUCUCUGUGUCUCUCAGGUUCCCAUCAGCUGAAUUCCUGAAGAUUUUAGACCAGUCCAAAGACCACCGCCCCCUCAGAGGAGUCCAGGUGGAUCAAAUAUUUCAUACUGUUUAAUAUUCAGUGUCAUCGUGUUAUACUCACACAGAUGCUUCAGUUUUAUCCUUGACAAUUUCCACUUUUUCUGCUCAGUCUAACAAUACUGUGUAUCAGCAAGAAUAUUACAAUAAUAAAGGGCUUACAUGCUGCCAUUGCAUAAAGUCAGGCAGUCCUAAAAACUGUAAUUUGAAGAAGAAAAAGGACAGUAGAUAUCCUUGUUAAAUAGAUUAUUUUUUAAAUUAUUUAUUUUUAAAAUCAUACUUUUAAAUCCUCCACAGUUUCACCAGGUUUGGUCUCAUCCCUCUCCUGUCGACUUCAUCUUCUAAGUCUUCUGCCAACGGAGGUCGGUCCAGCGUGUCAAGCUGGACGGAGGAGAGACGAGUGGGGCCGAGGGCCCGGCUUUCGUGCUGCGACACAGAACAUCCAACCUCAUCGAACACACCACAGAGGGCACGCCUCCAGAUCCCAUGAGUCCCCGGGAGAAGGAAGACACACCCACCUCAGGUUCUUCAACUAGUCACCUCAGCACCUCAGACUGCCUGUCACACAAUGGGGUGAGUGUCCAACGCUCAGACGCACACAUGCUUGCAGAUGCACACUGUCAUCUGGUUGGUUUAGAGUGCUGUGGCGUGGCAUGGGUCGAGUGGUCACACUGUAAAACUAUCUCACCAAAACACACACCCUCACGUGAAUAAUUAAAGAGGUGUGGAACAUACAAGCCCCUUCCCUGGUUUGCGUGAGAACAAGUAUAAACAGUUUUUUUUAUGGAUUAAAUCUGAAUCAAGAAAUCUUGAACAGCUGCAGGGGAAGAUAUUUAGAAGAAAGGAUUAGUCUUUGACCUCUUUACAUUAGUACAUCUACAAAUACAAAAGCCCGUGGUUCACACACAGCUCUAGAGAUGUGAGUUAUCCACCACACACACUUGUGUUCAUUUAGCACACUAAUAAGCAGUGCAGUUAAUUACCCAAACACAGAGUGUGCAACAUGUUUCAGCAUCAGUUUCCCUUUGAAGACCUGAUAUAUUUCCACUGAUCAAUAAAGCAGAUUAAACAGUAAAGUUAAUUAAACAUUAAAAGAAAAUCUGACCUCAUUUUGAAAAGAGGCUUUUCAGAGCAGCUUUUGUAAAGUUUGUUCUGAAAAGUUUUGGAACAACAAUGUGAGACUGUGAGUGCGUUUAAAAGAGCUGCACGGUGGUUUUCAGCUUUCUUUAAUCAAGUUAUCCUCAGAGCCUUGAGCGUCAAAUAUUAAAACAUGCAAAUCAAACACAGUUCUAAAACACAGGUGGCACACUUUUGGGCAAACAGUUCAGAAAAGAUGAACUCAUGAUUGCAAGAACAAGCAUGAAAACAAGUUAACUUCAAAUUUCACACAGUUCAGGAGCUGUAGCCGAAUCAGAGGAAACAACACGGUCAGUCCGCUCAGACUUUACAGAUAAGAAUCAGAAAUAAACACAUCCUUACUUUCAGUUGUGCGUUCGGCACCUCGCUCAGGGGCAGAACAACCCCUUCAUUUAUUAUUUUCAACACCCACACCAGCUUCAAGGCUUCACAAACUGAAAGAUGAGUCAUUUUGUGUGUUGGUAAUUAGCAGUGCAUUAUUAUCAAGGUUGGGUUCCGUUUUAGAUCCACUCUCCUGUCUACAGCCAUGUGGAUAUUCAGUGUGCUCCUCUAAAUAUAGACCUGUGAUGUCUAUAUACAGACGUCUUCCUGGAAGGAGUGCGAACACGUUGCCAAAACUCUGUGUGAAGAUCAUCUCAUGAAGACAACCUAUCGAACUGAUCAAACAGCGCGCUUGUGUUGCCUUUUGACUGUGCGUGUGUGUACAGACAAAGCUGCUGCGCUGUUGUUCGGUGCAAAAGGCAAUCGGCACAGACUGUUAAAGCUGAAACACAAUAGUGCUCAUGUGUGGGUUUUGUUCCUGCCUUUGUGAGCCUGUUACCUGAUGUAAAACAACACUGAUACCUGAGAGGAGUAUUUGGGGCCCCUGUCCUGGUCAGAGAGGCCAGGCUGUCUUAACACCCCAAAGGGCCCCCUUUGAAUUUUCCAGCAUUAGGGUGAGGUGAUAGCUUGUGUCUGAAAAUGUCUUUGUGAGUGUGCGGUUUAGCUUUGAGGUUAAUAUCACACAUCCUGUUUGCUGUCAGAUUGGAUUAUGUCUCUUUUACUACCGCAGUCUGUUUGUUUUUUCAUCUAUCACUUUAGUUUUCAAAGCUACAGGGAGGAUUUAGUUUAUUUUUCACAUUUGUGUCUUUCAUUUUCCUCCUUUCUUCUUUUCAAACUUGUUCCGUCUGCAGUCAAGUUUUCAACAGUUACAGGAAAACAGUUUUUAACAUAAUGUGAUUUUUCAGCGUGUACCUGCAUUGAUUUCCACGCCACUCAGGUGAAAAUGUUUCUUUGAGUCACUCAGAUAAAAACACAAAUAAAGCAAAACUGCAGGUAGACUUGCUAGGUUUGGAUAAAAGUUUGUACAAAUACAACAAAUGAGAACUUGAAACAUCUUCAAGUACACAAACACCACGUUCUGUUUAUCCUCCUAUUUACCAGAGAGUAGACAGACAGACAGACGGCUGUGUUUUUCACCUCUUACCAAGCAAAAAGAUAUUCCUCUGCAACUAUGAACCCAAACUCAGACACAAGAUCAAUAUUGUAUAAACAGACUCAAGUAAAAAAGAAAGGAGACGCUGAGCCAAAAACACAAGCGGUGCAAUUUUAUCACAGACAUGUACUCCUCACCCACCAGCAACACGAGGGAAAUAUCAACAAACAAAUACCAGCAAACAAUGAGAUUCUGUUCCUUUGAGUCCUCUGUACAUCCUCUCUUUGUGCAGUCGGCAUUUUUUUUAUGCUUUCAUGCAUUGACAUCUGGCCUCAGGUGGAUCGAACAACCAGAUUUGGCUUCCUCUCAUUGUACCUUUCACAUGCUGUCCUGGCAUUAUCAUCAUCGUCAUCAUCAUCAUCAUCACAAUGCAUUCAGCUAUCGGACAUGUAAGGGCUUAAAAUCUGAACCUCUACCAGCCUCAGCUGUUCUGUUGAACUUCUUCAUAUGCCACUACGUCUGACGGGUUGCAAAAGCUUUACAUGAUGUUAUAAUCAGAAGCUAAGUUCACUUGAGACUAGAAGAUGAGGAAACAACUCAGCUGGCUUUGUCUGAAAAUGACGAACCUUCUCUCCUAUAACUUCCUUUUUUAACUUUUUUUGUCUCCUUUGUUCUUGGAGGGCAAAAAACAAUGAGAAAUAGUUUUGUCACAUGGAUAGCAGCAGAAAGUUUUUGAUUAGGGUCAUCAGAGUUCGUUUUAGGGGACAUCCUACGCUGACCAGCAGGAUUCAAAAGUCCCUCAAAGAGCUCUAAAGACCACAUGGCCCCUUGACUCCAACACUGUGAUCCAGCCCCAGUUUGACAUCCAUUAUCUCAUCUAGUGCCAUAAGGGAAAAUGAAAGAGCAGCCUUAAAGUGGCUGUGAAUUAAGUGUUAAUAUCCCUCCAUCUGUGAAAACAAAAUCUGUUAUUGUGUUGCCAUGUCAACACACAUAUCUGCGUCUUUCCUCAUGGUCAUGAGUUUGAGCAGAGAGAACAGUUUGUCUCAUGGAAGCUCGAACACACUGCCUGCUUUAUUACAAAGGUCUGUGUGUGUGAGAGCGGGAGUGUCUGUGUGUUGGGAACAUACUGUCAGUUUUUGAAGGCCUUGGCUGCUUUUCCAAACUGUUAUCAUCCCAAGAGAGCAUUGUGCAUGUAUGAGUCACAUGUCGAACCUCUCCGUCUGUGUAGUGCAGGGGUUAUUGUGUACAAGGGUGAGCGUUGGUCCGUUACAAGUCCACACUCUGCUCUCAUUGGUCUGCAGAGUUUCAGCUAAUUUCUUAUUGGCUGGUGUCAGUUUCCUUGAUUCCGCCCUCAAGCUGCCAACAUGUGACUGUGUUUACAUUGAGUCCAAAGUCCAUUGUUUUCCUGAAAGAUGAGACUUUUUCAUCAAAAUCCUCUGUGAGUAAUUGUUUGCAGCGUUUCAGGUGUGUGUGCGUGCUCACUCUCAUUAUUCAGGUUAAACUCAUUAGUCAGGUCUACGUACAGAAUGGAUAAUGAGUCUAAGGGGAUAUAUGUUUUUGUGUUACUUUGUGAGACAGAGGGAGGGAGAGGUCUAUGGGGGCUUUUAAGAAAAACUGCCUUGUUUAAUCUUGAGGUUAUCGGGGUCUCGAGGGAUUUCCUUCCCCCCUCUGUUGUUUUGGUCCCGAGUAUAUCAUGCAGGACUGAAUAAAAGCUCACUCGUUUGUUUUUCUUGGUUUGUCCCACAAGCACUCAUUUCCUAUCCUUGUUUCCUUGGUCCGUCCUCUGAUGUAGCUUUAUACUCUUUAUUUUUUUGUUAUUAUUUUUAGGAACAUUUGGCGAGCAUCCAAAUCAGACAUGUAAAACAUAUUUUUGAAUAUGUGAGGAGUGAUGCUGUUCUUACAAGUCAGUGACUCAUUUAAAGCUCCUGUGAGGAGCAUGUUUUUGCCAAUUGUGGUCCUCCCUGUAGACACAUCAUAUCUCUUUGCAGAUUUUGUCCUGUUUGUGCCUACUAAGUAUUUUCUAACAAAAAACUCAUCCUACUUAUAUAUUGUUCAUACUUCCUGUUGACAAUGUGGAAAAAUGCUGUUUCUCCAAGAUACUGUCUAUCACCUUGUCUGACACUGACCCCCGUGGAGCCAAUCCAGGCAUUAAAAAUUUCCAUAUUAAGAUUUUUGAUGAAGGUUUUGAUGGGGUUGUUUGCUUCUAUUGAUGUUGAAAAGGCAUCAGUAUCACUUUAAAAACUCCUCACUGUGGCUUUAAGAAAAUUAAGUAAAAUCAGGCCUAAGUGGAGGAAUGUAUUUAAUCAAUUUUUUCCAAAGUGAGUUAGAUCAUUCUGGUUUAUGAUUGACAAAAGGUCUUACUCUUUAAUUGUCUCUCUAUAACCUCCAAAAAGCAAACAAGACCUUUGGUGACAACAUUGAAUUGUUCUAAAUGAUCAUUUGUGAUACUCAUAGUAGUGAGACAACUAGCAGCCUCAGAAAACAGCUUUUAUUUACAUUUUACAGGGCAAAUACUCCCACUGAGAAGCACAUUUGGCUAUUAGAGGACGGGAGACUUUUUGUCGCUAAAGGCAGCUUUAACACGGGGACCUCAGAAGACUUAUCAUUUGGUGGCACAGGGGGGCACCAAGAUGGCUCAAUCCACUAUGUUUGACACAGUAGCUUUAAAUCGUUACAGGAUCGAUGACUUUUUUAUUUCACACUUUAAAAUAACAACUUUCAUCUUGUAGCGUUGUCUUAGUUGAUGCCCAAUGAUAAGAAAAAAAUGAUGUGUUUAGGUGAAAAAUGAAACGUAUUCGGUCAGAUGACUGUGUCAUCUCACCAUGCCCUUGCUCAGGGUGUGCCUGCACCGCUCUGAUAAGGCCAUUUAUCCUCUUUAUCAGAUGCACGUUCUACUAAAGCCACGGACACACCAUACAACAUGUGCGCAGUCCUGCUCGGACAUAACACACUGUAUGUACAGGAAACUGGGUUUAUUUGGAGAUAGAGUGAUUUAAGAAGUUCAUUAUUUGGUGCUUCUUUAUAGAAUCUACUUUAGAAAUAAAUGUUUAAAGAAUUUAGCUCCACAACGACAAUAUUUUUAAUGAUAGUGUAGGACCUGUAGUUUUUAAAAUUGUUUUUACUCUAAGCGAGGUAAUUGUCCUCUUGGUCUUUCAUAAAUUUGUGAUAGGGAAAAUAGUCAUUAGCUACAGAGCUUGUUGUCUGGAUAAUUUCUGAGCAUAUCAGCUUGUUUUCGUGUAAACUGUAAAUACAGGGUGGAGUAAUAAACUCCUAACAGCCGUUUUAAUUAACGACCACAAGUGGAAACAUGCAGUGUAAGUAUGACUAGUUAAAUUCUCAAACACUCCCUCUGGAGCCAAACGUUUCCUUUGAUACACAACCAAAUAAAUGUUGAAACAAUUCCCUCAGGCGUUUCCCAGGAACUCCUUUCCUUGAAAACCUAAACAGACCAACGCUAAAACAUGAUAACACUCGAGCUGACAUAAACGCACGUGGCUGUUACUGUGUGUUAGACGAGGGCGAGCCGGGCUGCACUGACCUCCAGACUCUUUUAGUCAUACAUGAUGAGCUGUUACAAUCAGAGCUGAGGAUGGACACAUCCAGAGGAAUGGGAUCAUGUCCUUACACAAACACACACAAACACUCACACACACACACUUUCACACUGGGGGAAAUUUGACUCCAUAACCUCUGCCAUAACGGCUUGUUGGAGACUGGACUGCUGGGGUUGAGUCACGUGUGGAAGAGGAGGUGUUUGUGUGUUUGUGUUUGUGUGUGUGUGUGUGUGUGUGUGUGUGUGUGUGUGUGUGUGUGUGUGUGUGUGUGUGUGUGUGUGUGUGUGUGUGUGUGUGUGUGUGUGUGUGUAAGCAUUCAGUGUGUAAGGGAUAGCCUGUGUUUCUACGAAGCCACUUCUCCUUUUACCAGCUAUGAUUUUAGCAACUUCAGCCCAACCUGCUCGGCAUCACCUGCUGCUAAACCUCAACACCCCAGCUUUCACAGUUUGGAUUUAGUUAAACACAGCUGAGCAGAUGUUUCACUGCAGAAAAAGCAGUUUCUUUUCUGUCUCUCAAGCUGCCAGAUGGUUGUUUUUUUCAGAAUUUCAGCCACAGCUUCCUCCUAUGAAACCUCUGCGCGUUUCAUAUGGUACCAAGGCAGCUCGAUACUGUCUAACAGACUCUUUCACACCGUUACAACAUCAUGUCUCUGUUGUCCGUGAGCACCAUGGUUUUUUUUGCAUGGUCAGCCUUUCAUGAGGUAAUUUUUUUAUUAUCUUUGAAACAAAACGAUUGUCAGCAAGUCGAAUGGUGUCUAGAAGUGUUCUUGGGUAGGAAAAAAGGUAUUUUAUAGCAGCCGAAGAGCCUCACAUAGUCAUAAAAACUGAUGCCACUACAGUCAAUGUAGAUUUAGGAAAAGUAACCACUGAUUUAAAAGUGAUCAACAUAACAGUCUUAAUGUAAUGUCAUAAGAAAAAAAAACUCAGACAAAAACAGGUUUGGUUUUCAUUAAUGGGACAGUGACAGGACAAAACGGUUUUACUCGGACCAGCAGACAUUUAAAAUUCGCCGGUUUGUCACCACUGCAUUGCACAAUAACACCAAACUUGGCGAUGGUUUGCACAUGACAGCAAUGUGCAGAUAGAUCUCACACAUUACUAUCAGUGUGAUCAGUUUUGUUAUACCAGCCAUACUAGCUUACAUAGAAGCUAAUCAAGACUGCUUGUGUUUCUUGUUUUGGUUCACUGCUGUAUUAGAAGAGCUUGUGUUAUGCCAUUCAUUAUAACUUGUAAAAGCUAAUUGAGAUGUUGGAGUAAAGUGGACUUUUAACAAGAAGAUGAGUGUGGCUGCAUUGUGGUUCAGUAAAAGUUUUUUUUUUUUCCAACAAAUGGGUGGCUGAACAUAAAUCAUGUAAAUGUACAAGGUUAGUGGCUAACUGCUUCUCAUUUAUCUGCAUCUCUUUUAUGACUCAUGUUUCUUAUUUCACUGAGCGUGAGUGUGACACACUGUCCCUGAUGUGUUUACUGUUACAGUGCGCUCGCUGCCUGUAUGUCAUGUGUGAAAGAGAAGUGCGUGUGCUUUACCCCAGUUUCAUCCAUGCAGGUAUGAAUGUGCUGGGUUCACCUUUGUAAUCAUUGUGCACUCAGAGGACACCUUCUUUAUCUCACACAUACACACACACACAAACAUACACACACACACAUACAAAGGGUUAUUCACACCGUUUAAGAAUAACUUCACAAUCCACUGUGAGGCUGACCGAAGCUGGAUCCAGGCUUACACCUACAUUACAUGCAUGCAUGGACACACAUGAGAGGCUAUUACUGACACACACAUACACACGCACACACACACAUACACACAUAAAGACCGCAGAGCACACGUGACUACUUGGCAGUCACCCACAUACCCUCUGCUCACAUAGUGUACUCCAUCACUGACGCUUAACCUCACACAUUAUCACACACAUACACACAAUAAUCGAUGCCAGGUGUCGCCUUUAUCUCUGCUUUCAGAGAGUGGAUUUAUGAGGACAUGGUAAUACAGGUGUGAUCAGAAUCCUGUCUGUCACAAUUGGAAUCAGACACACACACACACACACACACUUCCAGUUACGUGGCAAAUAGCUGAGGCUUUUGGAAACUCGAAGCAUCAGCUGUUUCCAGUUUCUUGACUGUGUGAAAUCUGUGAAUAAAUCGUGGUGUGAGAUAUUUAACACACACAAGCAAAAACCAUGCAUGCAGUUGGAGUGUAUUUUGCUGUUGGGUAUUUAAAAAUGGGUUAGUCAUGCAUUAUAUAUACGAGAGGACCUCUCUUUCUCUCUUUUUCUACACUUCUUUGUCUGUCUGUCUCGCUGCUUUCUUUUAAUUUCCUCACUCUUGUCUCUCUUUUGUUCCUUCUCCUCUUCCUCCCCCUCCUCCUCAUCCUCCUUUAAACAGAAAAACAUCUUCGCUAAUCACUCCCUCACAGCAGAAUGAGGCGAGCAUGCAGCCAGAAUAGUGUGUGUGUGUUUUUCUUUAAUUAUUGACAUGUGUUUUUGUCCUCAACCCUGCAGAAUAGUAUUGUUUUGCUUACCUGACUCCACACACAACAAUCAAUACUUUGGAGUGCAUCGGUUCAUCUGUGUAUGUGUGGGUCUGAAUGUGUGUGUGUGUGAGGGUUUGUUUGUGUGUCAUUUAUGAUGAAUGAUUGUGUAUUUAUCACAGAGCACAAGUCAUAUUAGCUCUGCGCCCGGCUCCCCAGCUGUGACAGCUUUUGUGUUAGACCGGAUUCACCCAGUCUGUUCGAUCCUCUGUUUAAGAUUUGACACAGCGUGUUCAGUCAGAGAUCAGCUCCUUUUUCCUAAAAAUACACUCUUUCACGUGAGUGCUCGCUCAUCAGAAUAAAACUGAUAUGAUCUCAUCUGGUUAAAAACAGACAAGAAAUCCAAAUGAUAUCAGUUCCUUUUAAUGAACUUGUUUGUGUGGUUAGAGCGGUCCUUUUCUGCUCUAUUUCAGGCUUAAAUGGUUACAAGUUGAAACCAGACAGUGAGGUGAUCACUGACAGAGAGCAGUCAAGAAUAUUCAGUCAUGUCAUUUGUAGAUAUUUACAUAAUCACUUGGCGUUUGUCAUAAAAAGAAAAACUAACUUUGCUUUAACAAUUACAUAAUCAGACACGUGCUCCCUUAUCAGCAGCGCUGUUGCCUGUUACUCGAGCAAAACUUUUCAAAUGCCAUGCUUUUACCAUGCUGGGAGGUGUCUGGUCAUGUUUAUAUGAACAGAAACUUUGCUCUAUGUCUUUAUUCCUCAAUUUUCAUACUAAUUUAAUCACUUUAUGGCUAUAGAUCACUGCAGCGUUCUGUGAAACUCUCUGCAAAUGUCAGUUCUUGUCUGUUUAUAAAUGGGGAGAUUUCAUGGUAGAGGUUGUGAAGGAGGGCGAGGCAGAGGCAGAACUAUGAACGACCUCAGCUGCAAGUAAACAAAAUCUUCCUGCACUUUUCUGCAGAGAUGUGAAUGUGAUGAAAGAGGAUAACAUUGUUGCCUUUAAUACGGUUAAACAACAAAAUAAUAGAAAAUGUUUUGUUGUAAAGCAUGUGCUGUUGAAGAAGAUUGAAGUAUCAAGUAUUUUGACAAUCUUGGUUCACAGGGAUGAGUAUUUCGUGCCUCUGCAUUUGAAGACAGCGGGUUUAAGCUGCAUAAAGAAAAUCCAAGCUGUGUUGGCUCCAUAUGAUGAUGCAGAGCUGCAGGAGGCUGCAGCAGAGGGCAUGAGUGAACAAUGAUGCCUUCAAAAGUCAAAGAGAGCCCCGAUCCAUGGCUUUAAGAUAUAUUACGUAUGCUGUCUUGAAAUGAAAGUCGGAGCACCUUGAAGGCAUCUCAGUUCAAAAACAAUUUACUACCUCGCAGCACAAUUGCUGUCACAGUGAAGAAGUCUUUGCUGUUAUUGUAGAACAAAAUGUGACGAGACGAUUUACUGAUCCAGCUCAUUUCUCUGGGCCACAACUUACAGAACUGUAACAACGACAAAUAAUACUACCGAUCCUCAACAAUCACACGCCACACCAGGAAUGAUGAAGAACAUAGUGAGACACAGAGAUAGAUAUUUAUAAUCAUGUUUCAUCAUUGGUCUCUGAGGAAGAUCUCUGGUCAGGUGCAGGUGAUGCAGAGUGAUCAAUGAUGAACCUGGAAGGAACUUCUCCUGUCAGGUUGAAUUUCAUUUGCAUGAGAGAGUGAGAUUAUGCAAGCUCGAAUCAAUGGAGACACACACUCUUCUCAAGUCUGCAUCACGUGGUCUCCUCAAACUAAAGGUCAUCUUUCUCGCCUUUAACCCACAAUGUUUCAUCUGUUAAAGAUAAAAUGCCCACAGACAUUAACAUUCUGAGAUUUUGAAGCUUUAAAAACUAAUAUUCACCAAAGUGUCCCUGUAGCUCUGUUCUCAAACUGUGCCUGUUUUCUGUUUGUGUUCAGGACGUCCCAGAGUGUGAAGAGGACAGAAGAAAAAAUGAAGAGGACGACAGAGGAAGAGGAGGAUCGGAGAAGGAGGAGGAGGAUGAGAAGAGCAGCGACGAAGGGUUUAUGGGAAUGACUCCGCUGCUGCAGGCUCACCACGCCAUGGAGAGGAUGGAGGAGUUUGUACACAAGGUAACACACACAAAGACACACACUGUAGCUGCGGUGUCGGGUAAUUGUGAAUGGACUGUGUUCUUUAUUUCCCUUUUUUAGUAUGAAUAUUUCCCCACACCUUUAUUCCCACCACCCACUGGAUUUGUUUAUCUUCCCUCCAGCUGUGUUUGUUUUACAGUGUUGGUUUUAUAACGGCAACACUCUGUAAAAGCACGUAGUAAAAAGAAGCUAUAAACCCAUAAAAACACAAUGAAAACAGAGCUGUGUACAAUGAGCAAACCUACACACUCUGCUUUAUUGUUUGACGAUAUUUAUAAAGAAAAUGUUUUAUUAAUUUGGCCACAACUUCAAAAUAUGAAAAUAUAUUGCAGUCACUUGCUAAAUGCGGGGUUGGAAAGAAAACAGCACAUUAUUAUGUUUCCACCUUUGACUUUGCCAGAAACUCUUAAAACAGAGUUGUAGUUCUGAGUUGUAGUUGCGUGUCAUUUUUAAUUUAAUAUGAAGUUAAUAAUGAUAAGUAGGCUAUCGUAAGGAGUUGUAGAGUGUCUAUUUGUGAGAUGGCUCUAAACUUGGACUGAUACUCAUGCACAAACACACACGAGGAGUGAGCAGAAAUUGCAGCCAGCAGGUUUUAAAUUAGGGAAAUGAAUCACUGAAGAGACAGUCCCUCUGUUCUCUCCAUAUCAGGCGCCGGUGUAUUUAUUUACAUCACUUGGCCCAAAUACUUUUCGUUUGACACUGAUACCUUCACUACAGACACACUCCUGAUUCCACACUGAAGGCCUCUCUUACAAACAGACACGCACUCACUGAAGGUCAUAGUUCACAGCUAUUCAGUAAACAAGCAGCUGCCUCUCAUGAAUGACAUUAAAAUUGAUGGGGGGGCAGGUUUUUAUAAGUAAUCCACUCACACGAACUCUCAGGUUAUUUCUAACAUCAUACACAUGAGUGCAAAAACCUGGUGAUUCAAUACAUAACCUUAAAUAGGGAUGGCGACAUGAUAUAUUACUGUACAUUAGGGUACUGGGAUAUCAUGAGCAGAUGAUAAGUGAUAUGUGUUAUUUUUAACCAAGAUAGUGUAUUGAUAGAAAAACUGUCCAAUAUGAAGAACACACAAUUUUCAUCAAAUUCACUUAGAGCAGAGCAGUUUAGAUUAAACACAAUAAAAAACGUAAUGUGAGAAAACAGAGUUUAGAAAAAGUUCUCCCAACUAAAGGACCAUCUUAGUUUACUUUUCUGUCUGAAUAAGUUUGUUUUCUUCCCCAAGAGAUGAUGUGAGUGAGAGCAUGUUCAUAUUUUCUUACACUCCUGAUACACAUGAUAGUUGAAAAUCUAAAAUAUGAACAUUUCCUUUUGUAAUCCUCUCUCAGAUGUGGGAGGGCAGGUGGCGAGUCAUACCUCACGACGUGCUCCCCGAUUGGCUGAAGGACAAUGACUUCCUGCUUCAUGGCCACAGGCCGCCAAUGCCUUCUUUCCGCGCCUGCUUUAAGAGCAUCUUCAGAAUCCACACAGAGACGGGAAACAUCUGGACACAUCUGCUCGGUAACUUUUAACCUAAACUCCAAAGUCAUGCGCUGAUUCACUGACUCUAACAAGGAAAGGUUACAAACACACAACAAAGUGCUGCAGCUGCGGGAAAAAUACAUGGCCAAUGAAAAUAAAAGGCACUUGUUUUUGGUUAGAGUUUAUGUAAUCUGUUGCUUCACUUGUUCUUGUUUUAUCCCACAUUAAUCUCCAAUGAACCAGGUCAGAUAACUAAUCUUACAUGAAUUGUCUUGACAGAAAACCUAAAAAAAACUCCUUUUUUUGACUGUAUAGGGCCAAUUUUAUAAGAAAACAAAGUCCUGAAAUCCUUUGAAUUCUUGGUCAUUGUAAUUAUUUUCUUAAUUUAGGCUGAGCGGUUUAAUUAUAAUGAGACAGAUUUGUAUCACUUUGUGUGUUUUGAAAAGCUGUUUGUUGUUCCCUAAACUUUAAGUCUGUUGUUAUUGUGCUUGAACUUCUUAUGAGCCAGUGCUGGUAUUCUUGUUGACAGUGUCGGUGUCUGCUUCCACCUUGUGGUCAGUCACUGAUACUACAACUAUUUACUGCUCUCAAAUGCCUGUUGGAAUCUAGUUGGAUUUUAUCAAUUGUACACAUCAUUAAUACUGUAUUUAUCAUAUUUUAGAUUUUGAAGGGAGGGAUGUGAGUGUAAAUAUUAAUUUCUUUCAGUUUUCUGUAUAGAAACAGCUGACAGCGUCUGUUUUAGGACAUGUUCGUUUUUUUCAUCUCCAUUAAUAUUUAAUCCUCACUUCUGCGUCUCUUUUCCUCCUCUCUCUCUUUGCAGGCUGUUUGUUUUUCCUCUGUCUGGGUCUCAUGUACAUGUUCAGGCCCAACAUGUCGUUCGUAGCUCCGGUCCAGGAGAAGGUGGUGAUAGGGAUGUUUUUCCUAGGCGCCAUCCUCUGCCUCUCCUUCUCCUGGCUCUUCCACACAGUCUACUGUCACUCUGAGGGCGUCUCCAGAGUUUUCUCCAAGUAUGUCACAUGCAGAAGUUACAGGUUGAGGGUCUGUGGGGGGAAAGAUUUCCUCGAAGCUGAUGAAAACUCUUGUGUUGUCUCUGUCCAGGUUGGACUACAGUGGCAUUGCCUUCCUCAUCAUGGGCUCGUUUGUCCCUUGGUUGUACUAUUCCUUCUACUGCUCCCCUCAGCCCUGCUUCAUCUACCUGAUAGUGGUGUGUGUCCUGGGACUGGCCGCCAUCACUGUCUCCCAGUGUGACUUCUUUGCCACGCCCCAGUACAGAGGAGUCAGAGCAGGUAGAGUGUUACAUAUACAGUAUCUUUUUAUUGUGUUGAGCUGCUCAGGUUGAUACUAAGAGAAUAAUUGUGUGAGCAAUGAUUCAUAUGAAUGGAAUAGGAGUUUUCAGUGGCUGAUUUUGGUCACAGAGUAGACUGAGUGAUAAAAAAUGUUUGAGACAGAUACCUCUGUUUAUUUUAAAGGGUAAAAAAUACAUGAAAAAGUAGGAAUGAAUCAUUUCAAUUAUUUACUGCUGGUACUCAAAAGGCAUUUUCCUUAAAAGAGAAAUAAUUUUAUUAAAUUAUACUUUAAAUUUAUGCUAAUUCUCGACCAAUUUUGAUAGGACUGCUUUUAGCAGAUAAUCUUUCAGGGCUUUGCCAGAAGUGAUGCAGGCCCAUUUGUGCCCCCUGUUGGCCUGUGCAGGUACAUCAAUUAGGAAACCUCAUGAAAACCACCCAAAACCAGCAGCAAAAUUCAUAAAAGAAGCAGAGAAAAAUGACCACGUUGUGAAGCAAGUUUGGCAUUUGGCUGCCAGAGAGCCAGUAAUUUCCCUCAGGAGGAAACUAAAACAAGUGUAAAUACUGGACAUAAAAUCUCCUUGUAUUGAUGUCUUACCUUUCCUUCACAAGACAAAAUUGUUGCACUCACAGUCCCUCUCCUCCUCUGUGUCCAGGAGUAUUUGUGGGUCUGGGUCUGAGUGGAGUUGUUCCCACGCUGCACUUUGUCAUCAGUGAGGGUCUGAUCAAAGCCACCACCAUCGGUCAGAUGGGCUGGCUACUCCUCAUGGCAACACUCUACAUCACAGGGGCCUGUUUGUACGCCGCUCGCAUCCCUGAGAGGUUCUUCCCUGGAAAGUGUGAUAUCUGGGUGAGUGUCUCAGAAACACACACAAUAUUCAGAAGUUCAAAGAGGUGUUUACUGACAAAGUAUAAGUGGGUCAUUAAAAGGUCAGAAUUAACCUACUAGCCCUCCAGUAUCAUUUUGAGAUAAAGUGCAUGUGAGUUAAUGUGGAAAAAGCAGCAGUUAAGCUCCUGGAGAUUUCACUCUGAUUAGCAAUCCACAAAGAAUUGGUGUUAAUCAGAGAUUCACUCAUGAAUUAAGAGGUUUCAUUCUCAAAAAAAUUCCCUAUAGGAGCUUUAAGUUGAGGUUAGUUUGACUUUGAACUCUCUGUUCACCCUCAUAUUCAACCCACACGUUCUGUCCUCUUCUUCAUCUCCCUCCAGUUCCACUCACAUCAGCUGUUCCACAUCUUGGUGGUCGCAGGGGCCUUUGUUCAUUUCCACGGGGUCUCCAACCUGCAGGAGUUUCGCUACACGGUGGGAGCGGGCUGCGCAGAGGACGGCGCUCUUUAACACCACCCACAUACACACUCACAUGCUGACUCACAUUCAGUCACACACACAUUUUACGGGGAGGCACUGGUUCUGAUAAUAUGCACAGAAGUAGAAACACACACAUGCAAACAAAGCCGCUCUCCCCCCAGACUGAAGACCCAGGUGGCCUGACCAAUGUGAGUCUGUGUGUGAUACACCAGGCAGCCACCCAGGGGGCGCCAUUACAACUGACAGUAGAGGGGCUUUGUGUCUCUUACUGUGUGUCUGUCUGUCCGAGCCCAUCUCCUCUGUCGCUUCACUUCAGACACGGUGCAUUUGACAAACCAGUCCCUGAGACUCUGCUCUUUCCUAAAUUCUCUCCGUUUGUUAAAGAGGAGGGCUGAGGCUUUCAAAACCUCCACACAAAAAUCCCCAACUUUCUUCUGUGUUGACUUCUGAUAUUUAAGAGUUUAAUGGUUUGAUUUGAAAAGGAAACAUAAUUGUGGCUUUAAAAAACAUUUUGGGGUGUUUUUUUUGCUGUUUUUCCAGGUUUAGAGCUUUCAAUUAUAAAAAAAAAAAGAAGAAAACAGAGUCUUUGGAUUUGUUCCAUGAUUGUGAUGGUAGCAGGGGGAGAUGCUAGAUGUUUGGGCGGGAAAUGGGGGGUAAUGGUCACUUUUAAAAGUAAAAAAAAGCAACUUUUUCCAUGUAAAUAAGAUUUCUAAAUUUUGGGUUAUAGAUUUGUAUGAAAUAUAUAUGAAAAAAAUAACAAAAAAUAUAAAACGAUGGCAAGAAUAAAUAAAUAUGUUAGAAGAUGAAUCCGUAAAAGAGGAGGAUGAAGAGGUGUUUUAACCACACUUGCUCAAGGAGGAGGUGCAGUAAAGAGUGUGAUACUUAAAAGCUGAGCUUGGAGGGAAGUGCUUCAAACAACUUCACGUAGUCCGUUUUUUUUAUGCAAAGAUGAGAGGUGCAGGUGAGGAGGGAUAAAAAAGGCACAACAUCUGAAUCUUAUCAAACCCACAGCAACAUGGAGACUUGCAGAAAUCUGUCCCUUUAUUUACUGCUCUGACCUAAAAACCUCAAAAGGAGACUCUCCCUCUCUCGGGUUUUCACCGGUUUCAUAAGUUAAGCAUUUGAGGUAAAAAUCAUGUUUUUAUAGAGUCGAGAUUUGUAGCCCCUUUUAUUUUUUGAAACCGUCAGAAAAAGAAUAAGUUCAUUUCUGUGUCGAUAAUAAGUUUAUUUCUUUUCUUUUACACAUAUAAGGACAUUUUAAAAACAGUGAUUUUAUAAUCAAGCCCUCAGAGUCAGAUAUAAAUGAUCUUAACUGCUGCAGUAUUACUACAGUACAGAUGUAUUUCAUUGCGGUCUUCCUCCUUUGUGACUCUUGAUUAGAUUUACCUCCAUAAAAACAACAAUACUCGAUCUGAAAACAGGUUUUGCGUUUUGAUUUGAUUGUAUUUUAUUUUAUCCACUGCUGUUUCUUUUGGUAUUUUUAUUAUUGUUAUCGCAAGCUUUAAUUUCACUCUCUUUUCCUUCUUUUUAUUUAUCUCUGGUUUCUCUCAGAUCAUCAAAAUAGCAAAAAAAAAAAAGAAAGUGUUUCAUGGCAAUACCAAAAUUCUACACCUUCACAAUGGAAACAGUUUAUUCAGAUCUGAUCAUAAACUGUGUGUGUAUGAUUGCUUGGAGUUGAAGUUUGCAAGUUUCCAUUCGUUGGCAGCUUUGACUGAACAGAAAGUUGAUCUGCUAUUGAAGUGGUCAGUGUUUCUCCCUCUUUGCAUCUUGGUUUUUCUUUUUCUUUUCUUCAUUUUCUGUUUUUAUUUGAUCUAAUUUAUUUCUCUUGGGGAGCGCAUACGUCUGUUGAAGCACACGUUCCGUUAGGAGGGGAGUGUUUGAUUGCAAUAGACCUUUAUAUCUGCUGUAUUGUUCUAAUAAAAAGGUUUUUGAAUCUGA